AUGGCUGCCUUCAUUCCAGUCCUUCUCUUCCUUGUAAACUGCAAUGCAUUACCCAGGCCUAACAAAAACCGGACCUCUCCCAUCACCAUCAGUCCUGCUGCAAUUUCUGCUUCUAUAGCCACCAUAACUGAUGCUGGAUCCUACCAUAAAUACUGGCAGGUGCGCCGUGUUAAGACAAUCAAAUUCAUGUUACAGCACACAGUAAUGCAUCAGCGUGCCACACAACAAAUCGUAACAACGCCAUCAUUCAUGGUGCACUCAAAGCACAAUCAGCCUUUUGGAAAACCUGCUGCUGUAUCUUGA